AUGCCCGCCGGCUGGGCGAUAUUCCUUUAUGAGGAAUAUCAGCAAGUAUUUGACGAUUGGAUAUCAGAAGGCAUUAUCGAAAAGGUACCAAAUGAAGAAGUAAAAGAUGAUGCCUAUUAUUUACCUCAUAGGAGUGUUAUCAAAGCAAAUAGCACUACAAAGAUAAGGCCUGUGUUCGACGCAUCCGCUACAGGAGAAGAUUCGAGAAUUCUAUUACGCUUUAGGCGACGCGAGAUCGGAAUAACUGCAGACAUUCGGAAGGCAUUUUUGCAGAUAAGCGUUUCACCGGAAGACAGAGACGUGUUGCGUUUCAUCUGGUGGAAGAAAAAUCGUCCGGAAGAAAUGGAGAUAUACCGACAUCGGCGAGUGGUCUUCGGAGUUUCCAGCAGUCCAUUCCUCUUGGGAGCAACAAUUGAAUAUCAUCUGGAGAAAACACUUCAACAGGUUGAAACGGAAAAGGAAAAGGAAGUCAUUCGACAAUUGAAGAAGUCAUUUUACGUGGAUAAUUGCGUAACCAGUGUUAAUUCCAGGAGCGAGGCUAUAGCGUUCGAAGCUACUGCUGGGCAAGAUAAAGAGCAGGAUACAUUGAAGUUAACACCGACACUGUUGGAAUUACCCACAACACCACAGGUCACGAAAAGAAAUAUACUGUCUGCAGCUCAAAGAAUAUUCGAUCCCAUUGGCGUGUCUUCACCGAUAUCUAUAAAGCCUAAGCAAUUAUUACAGAAACUCUGGUCGUGCAAAAUCAGUUGGGACGACGAAGUGCCGGAAGAUGUAAAAGCUGACUUCAAUGAUUGGUUGCAGCAACUACACUGGUUAAAAGAAUUGUGUAUUCCACGCUGGGCGUUCCGUCAAGAAGGUAAUAUGUCUUUCCACGUGUUUGUAGAUGCCAGUCAAGAGGCAUAUGCAGCUACCGUAUUCGCGAGAACAGAAACCCAGGAGAGCGCAUAUGUACAACUUAUUCAAGCAAAGUCUAGAGUUACACCUAUAGAGAGAAUGACGACCCCUCGUCUAGAAUUACUUGCUGCUACUAUAGGAGUGCGAUUGUGGCAGUCUAUAAGGGAAACGGAAGAUUUCGAAGAAGCGGAAGUUUUCUUUUGGUCGGAUUCAGCUGCGGUUUUGGCGUGGAUACAAAACAACAGACCAUGGAACACAUUUGUGGGUAACCGAGUGAAGGAGAUACGCUUACUGUCUGAUCCAAACCACUGGCGUCACGUACCUGGUUCCAUGAACCCCGCUGAUCUACCUUCCAGAGGAUGUGGAGCUAAGCAGCUUUUGGAAUCGCGAUGGUGGGAAGGCCCGGCAUGGCUGAGGCUUCCGAGGAAUCAGUGGCCUUCAACCGAUUGCACCAGGAAUGAAACUGAAAUCGACAGUGAGAUCAAGAAAUCAACAUACCGAAAUAAGAAGAAACCUCCGUCAGAAGAUAUUUUAACAGUCGAAACACACAUAACCGUUCCACAAGAAGAAAUAGGAUGGUAUAUGGAAGGACAAUACUUAAGAAUAGUGCGAAAUAUGGCCUGGAUUCGUCGUUUCAUAAUUAAUUGUCGAGUUAAGCGGAGUGCAAGGUUAUCAGGAGAAUUAAACACGAAGGAAUUCAUCGAUGCGGAGCUUGUAAUUUUGAAGUUGACACAAGCAGAAUCUUUCGACGAAGUAAAUGAGCCGCGACUCAGUACGUUAGAUACAUAUAGAGAAGAGAACGGAUUAUUACGGCUAAAAUCAUCUGUAGUUAAUCGCGAGGACGAACACAACUUCAGGCAUCCUAUUGUAUUGGAUCCGAAACAUCCUUUAGUUAAGAAGUUGAUUGAAUAUAGGCACAAACAACUUAAUCAUGCAGGAACUCAAACUGUGAUGAAUGAUCUGCGAGAAACAUUCUGGAUCGCUUGCAGACCAGCUGUACGUACAGUAAUACAUAAUUGCUGGAGGUGCAAUCGUUAUAAAGUCAAAAUGGCGGAUGCUACUACUGGUUGUCUGCCUUAUGAACGUGUCAAAGAGGCUAACGUUUUCGAAGUCACAGGCAUCGAUUAUAUUGGACCUUUAUAUUUAAAAAAGGGACAAAAAGCCUGGAUUUGUUUAUUCACCUGCGCGGUUUACAGAGGAAUUCAUUUAGAGCUUACCACUGUAACGAAGCUGCCCCACUCUUCCCGGUUCUGGUUUCCGGACGGGACUUCGGCGGGUAUUAUUUAG